AUGGAACGUUGCUUGACCUUCAACUUAACGCAUUUUAUACACUCUUUGCAGAAGGCUGUUGAGAAAUGCUCAGAAUACGAUUUAAUACCUCAUUUGGAUGGUGAAGAUCACCAAUACUUAAUAGUUUCUGGUAGUGCCUUUGCGAUAUGUAAAUGUACAUCGACGGCAAUCUUCAGCAAAUAUAAGAGUGCUGCAGAGCCUAUUGCAUAUGAUUUGGUGAACAGUCUACUUUUAUUGGCUCCUAAUACAACAACAUUUUGGAAUUAUAAACGUACAGCUUUAUUGAAUCAUGAAGUAUCAAUCAAUUCAGAGAUGAAAUUUACUCAACUGAUACUCAGCAAAUUUCCUCGUUCAAAUGAGACUAUAUUUCAUCGUCAAUGGAUUAUUGAAAACUUUAACUAUAUUGAGAAUUAUGAUUUUCUAUUGUAUGAAUUGAAGGUGUGUAAUAAAAUUGCUGAUAAAUAUCGAUGUCAUUAUGGUUUAUGGCAGUAUCGUCGGUUUAUAUUACAUCAAUUGAAACCUAAGAAUUAUACAAUCGAAUUAAAUCAUAUGGAUGAUUGGUUAUCACAACAUCCAACGGAUGUUAGCGGUUGGAGUUAUCUGGCUAGUAUCCUAGAGGGUUUAGUCAAUCAUUGUAUAGUUGAGCCAUCUUCAUCAUCGACAGUGUCAUUAUUAUCAUCAGAUAACCAGUUACAAUGGAAAGAUGUUAAAGAAAUCCUUCAAAAUUACUUUAAUAAAAUGCAUAACAUUUUGGAACUUUAUCCGGAACGCGAAUGUGUAUGGAUGUUUAGACGACAGCUAAUUACACUAUGGCUUCGUCUAAAUUCCUUUGGAACAGAUCAUACUCAUAAUAUAGAUGUCUUGUUGAGUGAAGUUGAACCAUUACUUCCUAGAAUACAUGAUAUUCUGAUUAAAUUGAAAGUAUCCAAUCAACUAUUAAAAGGUUUAUCAUUCAAUGAAUUUUUAAAUUGGUCAUAUAAAAAUGAUAUUUGUUGCAAAGAAUCAUCAUCAUCAUCAUCAUCAUUGAAAUGGAUUGAUCUUCUUUAUUUACGCUAUUUAUUUUGGUUAUCUGAAUAUGUAAGUGAAAUGAUUUCAUUUCAAAGUGUAUUGCCUAAAUAA